AUGGUUGAUCGCCACGUGCUAGCAUGUGCUCCUUCAAAUAUUGCUGUGGAUAAUUUGGUAGAGAAGUUGGCCAAGAAUAAAGCUAAGGUGGUAAGGCUUGGUCAUCCAGCAAGACUUCUUUCGUCCAUUCAGCAUUAUUCAUUGGAUGCCAUCUUAACAGCAUCAGAUUCAACAUCUAUUAUACAAGAUGUUAGGAAGGAUAUUGACAAGGCAUUGUCAAAAUCAAGAAAGUCCAAAGAACCAAGUGAGAGACGGCAUCUCAGACAAGAAAUCAAAACACUGCGAAAAGAAUUACGCCAGAGAGAAGAAAAAGCUAUGAAAGAGGUUCUGAUUGGUGCAGAAGUUGUCUUGGCAACCAACACAAGCGCAGGGAAUGAUGGUCCACUAGGCCGCCUUCCCAUGGAUCAUUUCGAUUUGGUUGUCAUCGACGAGGCCGCUCAGGCUCUGGAAGCAAGUUGCUGGAUACCAUUACUGAGGGCUCCAAGAUGCAUAUUAUCAGGUGAUCACCAUCAGCUUCCACCGACAAUAGUCUCACCUGAGGCAGCUAAAAAAGGUUUAGACGUCACUCUGAUGGAAAGAGUAGUGAAGCAAUAUGAUGACAAGGUUGUGCGCAUGCUCACUACACAGUACAGAAUGCAUGAAUCAAUAAUGAAGUGGUCUUCAGAGCAGCUAUACAACAACCAACUCAAAGCAGAUAGCUCCGUGCAGCAUCAUCUACUGAAGGAUCUCCCCAACGUCCAAGAAACAGAAGAAACAACCAUCCCUCUUUUAUUGAUUGACACGACCGGAUGUGACGUCAUGGAGCUCGAAGUUGAAGAUGAACUCUCCAAGGGAAACGAGGGAGAAGCUGAUAUAGUCGCUACGCAUGUCACUGCGUUGAUUAACGCUGGCCUUGAUGCUCGAGAUAUUGCUGUCAUUGCUCCUUAUAAUUUACAGGUCGAGUUGUUGCGAAAGAGGCUUUCUCAYGUUUUCCCAUCACUUGAGAUCAAAUCAGUGGACGGUUUUCAAGGACGAGAGAAAGAAGCCGUGAUAAUAUCGCUUGUUCGCUCAAAUAAACAAGGUACCACAACUAUUUUAACCAAGUUUGUCGGAAAUAUAGUCUCCUUCACGGUCACCUGCGCCAUCUUGAAAGGUAGCCGUGCCUUGGCAUCGAAAUGA